UCCUGCAAGAUGAUGAGUUCUAAUCAGGAGGAGGUCACUUUGGGCGCUUUUCUCCAGUAUAUUGAAGAUAUGGGGAUGAAGGCCUAUGAUGGCUUGGUCAUACAGAAUGCAUCAGACAUUGCUCGAGAGAAUGAUCGCAUGAGGAAUGAAACAAACCUGGCUUACUUGAAAGAAAAGAGUGAAAAACGCCGAAAGCAAGAAGAAGCAAUAAAACGCAUAGGUGGAGAAGUAGCAAGAGGAAAUGAAGGCAGCUACGUGGGGAAACAUUUCCGCAUGGGAUUUAUGACAAUGCCUGCUCCUCAGGACAGACUGCCACACCCCUGCUCCAGUGGCUUCACUGUCAGAUCCCAGUCUCUUCAUUCAGUUGGAGGAACUGAUGAUGAAAGCAGCAGCUCUCGAAAGCAGCCGCCUCCAAAACCGAAGCGAGACCCCAACACCAAACUGAGCACCUCGUCUGAAACAGUCAACACUGGAACAACAAGCAAAAGUGGGAAACUACCAGACAGGACUGAAGUGUCAGCCAAACCAAGACCUCACAGUGAUGAGUACACAAAGAAGAUUCCACCUCCUAAGCCGAAACGAAACCCAAACACUCAGCUAAGCACAUCUUUUGAUGAAACAUAUAUCAAAAAGCAUGGCCCUAUGAAGACAAGCCUCACUAGGGAUGCCUCACUCUCGCAGGUCAGCAGUCCUGCUCCAGACACAGAGGAAGAAGAGCCUGUUUAUAUUGAAAUGGUUGGGAAUAUUCUCAGAGACUUCAAAAAAGAUGAGGAUGACCAAAGCGAAGCGGUCUAUGAGGAGAUGAAAUACCCUAUAUUUGAUGACGUAGGCCAAGACUCAAAAUGUCAAUGUGAAUAUGACCAUCACACUUGUUCUUCUCAGUGUGCUACUCCCACAGUGCCUGACCUAGAUUUCACCAAGUCUCCAGUGCCAUCUACUCCCAAGGGCUUGCUUUGUGACAUACCCCCGCCAUUUCCAAACCUGCUUUCUCACAGACCUCCACUGCUGGUGUUCCCACCAGCACCAGUGCAGUGCUCCCCGAAUUCUGACGAGUCUCCUCUAACUCCACUAGAGGUCACAAAGCUUCCUGUCCUAGAAAAUGUGUCUUACAUCAAACAGCAAGCUGGAGCUUCUCCAUCUUCACUGCCACCUCAUACACCAGGCCAUCAAAAACUGGAGAAAGACCAGACAGUAUCUCAUGGAACUAGCACCCCUGGGCACACCUCCUCACCUCCUCAUCCUUCUACCUUAUACAGAACGCAGUCUCCACACGGUUAUCCUAAAAGUCACUCUGCCUCACCUUCUCCUGUCAGUAUGGGUAGGUCUCUUACCCCCUUAAGCCUCAAAAGACCUCCACCUUAUGACUCUGUACAUUCAGGAAGUCUCUCAAGAAGCUCUCCAUCAGUGCCUCAUUCUACAGCCAGAAACACAUUGCAAGAAGGAGGGAAGAUGGUCAGUGUGUCGGUCAGCACCUACGGGUCAUCCUCUCAGAGCAGUUCCCGCUCUCGCACACCCACCAGUCCUCUGGAGGAGCUAACCAGCCUCUUCACCUCAGGACGAAGUCUCCUGAGGAAAUCCUCCAGUGGCAGAAGAUCUAAGGAACCUGCAGAAAAACCACUAGAUGAGCUGAAGAUCAGGAGCCACAGCACUGAGCCACUACCAAAGCUGGAAAACAAAGAGAGAGGUCAUCAUGGGACAGCUUCCUCCAGGGAGCCAGGGAAAGCUCAGGAAUGGGAUGGAACACCAGGCCCCCCCAUGGUGUCCAGCAGGCUGGGGAGAUCCUCUGUCAGCCCAACCAUGCUGGCUGGAGGCAACAGCUCAGAGUCCAAGUCCAGCUGCCGGCUGGGCCGCUCCGCGUCCACGUCAGGAGUGCCUCCUCCGUCGGUGGCGCCGCUCAGGCAGCCCGGCGACCUCCAGCCGAGCCAGGUGACGUGCAUGCAGUGGUUGCAAGGGGACCAUACGAUGCUGGACAUGAUUGAAAAAAAGCGUUGCCUCUGCAAAGAGAUCAAAGCUCGACAGAAAUCAGAGAAAGGACUCUGCAAACAGGACAGCAUGCCUAUUUUGCCGAGUUGGAAAAAGAAUGCUGGGACCAAGAAAUACAGCCCUCCUCCUUAUUCCAAACAACAAACUGUUUUCUGGGACACUGCAAUUUGACAGGCCUGUGGAGGAUGCCCUCUCCACUGUGUGGCACCAAGCACAGGUAGCCUGCUUUCUUUAAAAGGCAAAGGCUCUAACCUAAGACUUACCUGCAGGUGGUGAACUUCCUAGGAAAAAACACACCAGUACAGUGCUCACCUGUCAAUCAAGAGAGAUAUUUAAGUUUCCGACUGGAUUAAGGCAUACAUAUUUAUCCAGGAUUUUUUUGGAUCCAGAAGAUAUCAAAAUGUAAAUAUUUGACCAAUAUAUUGAAAACACCCAAACGAAUACACUGUUUAAAUAUAUAAAUAUAUAUAUAUAAAUUCAAAAAUUUAUGGAGAAUUUUACUAUAUAAUGUUACUGUUAUACUGUUUUAUUACCUAUUUUCUAUGUUCUAUUCUACUGUUCACCCCCGCCCCUGCCGCCACUGUUUUAUUUCUCUGACCUGCCUAGAUGUGGCCUCUGUACAAAAGCAUGUGGUUGUACGUGUUGUUGGAGAGGACAAUGUACAAAACAACUCGGUGCUAGGGCUGUAGAAGAUAGCUAGAGUCGUACUUGUUAGGUGUCCUUAGCUAGGGGGGUGGGAUGGACAAAGGAGAGAGUUCUGGUGGGAAACAGCAAACCUGCAAGCACUGAAAGUACAAGUGCUCAGUGUGGGUGCCCAAGUUGCAUUUAAAAUAUUAAUUGUUCUGCAUCUGUUUUCCCAUAAUGGUAACCAGAUUAAUUGUCCUUGGUUCUAUAUGAACCAUUUACUAAAAUGAUUUGGCCAAGGAACUAAAUUUUCUGCAGCAGGGCCUGCGACAGAAUCUCUUCCUUGAAGACGUUCCAUUGAUUAGCAGA